GCAUUCGUUUUUGUACCGCAGUCUUGAUUCUGCAGACGAAAAGACAACACUGAUAUUGUAGAUAGUAUAUUUCACACAGAAAGAGUCAGGUGGAACUAUGUUUGGAGUUAUAGCUUCUUCUUCUGGAUGUAAAGGUCCCAGCAGCAGUAGCAACAGCAAUAGCAAGCAUCAAAGUAGCCAUGACAACCACCAACGGAGAGGCAGCCAGGAUAUAAAAGACCGAGAAACCUUUAUUACCCCGGAGGAACUUUUCCAAAUAAUAUCCAACAAACGAAACGCCGAACUGAUCAACAAUCGCCACAAACAUUCUCCAAGAUGUAUUCAUUCUGACCAUAGCUUUUUCACACCACAGGAAAAACAAAGCCACCAUAAGGACAAAGAAAGCAGCCCCAGGAAAUAUGGCGUCUUCUCUAUAAACCAAGCGAUUGGAACCUCCAUGUCUUGUGUGGGCGGAUCGCAGCAAUUUGCCCGGGAAUUGGGUGUCAAAGCAUCCAUUGCUCCGAAGACUUGAACAGAUUUUAAAACAAGAGAAAUGUGAAAAUAUUGUUUUAUUUGCUUUGAAUCCCCCUGUGCCAUUUAUGGGGAUUUGCGACUUGAGGAAAAAAAUGGCGGUUUACCCGGAAGUCGUGUAUGUAACCUCAAAUGAUAAGCACGUUCUAUGACUGGAUUUACCCACACGUCCCAAUUUGGGCAGUCAGAGGUGUGCAUGGUGGGUUUUUAUUAUACCACGUGGAGGUUAUGUCGGUCACCAUUUUUGUUACCGCGAUUUGACACUAAUCUUUGCCUAGAGCUGGCGUUCCUUACUCUUGCUGAAAACGACCGCUCCGAGUUGAUUAUAACACAUUGCAUAUGUUGCGAUGGCGUUGAUUAAUCAGGCAAUAUUCUGGGUGCUUUUGAGGAAUAAUAUGUUUAUUUUGAAUAAUUUGCCUUUCCUUUAAACCGCGUAUUUUAAAUUCAGCAAAUAAUUUGAAAAAUAUUUUGGGUAAAUAAAUCAUAUUUGAGCACGAGACGUAUAAAUGAUGUAUGUGUUUGUUUGAUAAAAGCACUACGGAAGAGAGAAUGCCAGUGACCUGAUUCCUGAAUGUCAAGAGUUGAUUAUCAUUCCAGACUUCUAUAGUCGAUCCCCAAGUUUUUCGCUUUCUCUUUUUUAUUUCAUUAUGCUAAUGAUGACCAUUUAUAAAGUAUGAAAUAUUUAUUUACGGUGAUUUGUUUUCCUAGAAUGGACGAUCGCGAAUUUUAGAUAUCGCAGAUUUUAAUCCGAUACCAAUUUCCAGAAAAGUACAUGUUUCAGCUAUCGUUCUCCAUAACACUUCGCUGCAAGAGAAAGUGCGAAAAUAAAAUAUUCACAAUAUUACGCGGUCAAAAAUAACUUUCCGGCAAUACUCCAAAAUUUGUCGGAAAUUUUCCUGCGAUCUUGCUAUUUGGCGCGGUACAUAACACAUUUCCCUUGUUAUAUUACAAUCUUCAAAUACGAAUUAAGCUUGAAUUUUACUUUAGCAUGAGAAUAUGAAUAAUUUAAAGUCAUUGGCGAUAUUAUAGAAUUUUAAACAUAAUUUUGGUGCAAGCUGAUGGCACAUCAUCUAAAUGUGUCUAUAAACGAUAUAAUUAUAUAUACGCACAACCACAUGGACUUGGAACAAAUUCCCAGCUCACGAUCCUUUUCUAUAAUACAUAUACGUGAUCCAUUAGUUGGAAAUUCAUCACAAGUCCCUGUGCGCACAAAUGCAUGUUAUAUGCUCUGUUAAUAUGACCCAAGUGUAUAUUUACACUAUACAUUUGCGCUUUCAACCAGUAUCAUCUUUGCGUUACGUUUGUGUUCACGUUGAAAUCCAACUUAUGGUUGUUGUAUUUUGUGCGAACUGUUCGCUUGACUUUUUACCUUACCGCCAGAAUCACAGGUAUAUGACAUAGCUUCCCGAUCCCAUGGUCGUUUUUAUAUGGACCGUGUUAUUGAGAAUUUGGGUCAUGUUCCUGUGACUGUUGUCAUGAAAACAUCAUCGCCUUAAAAUAACUCUGUAUGUAUAUAAUAAAAAUUUAAAAACUUAA